UUCUGAAAGAAUAAAGUUUAAUAAAAGUAAACCGCGUAUCGCGCAUGCGUGAAGAGCGCAGCCCGCGCACCAAUUUAUCUAAACAGUCUUUGGUGAUGUGGGAGGAAACCCCACUGAGAAGCGCAGAAACUCACAGCGGUGGGAUUCACAGCCAGUAUGUUGAGAUAGCAGCGAAACCCCCCAAUCCCCCCUAAUAAAACGGGACUUUGGCUGCGAGGGUAUUCAGUUACAAGGCGCUUUAAUGACCGUAAGUUAAAUAGUAAAGUUGGAACUCCGCGGCCCCAUCGCGCCUGUUUCUGCUCCCAGCGCUUUUCGUUUCUUUUCUUUUCUUUUCUCCUCCUCUUUGCCGGCGGCUCGCCUGUCCAGCCCUGCUGAAGGAGAUCAGAGCCUCGAGCGCCGGCCUGACAAGUCGGAGUCGAGAAGGGGCGGAGAGUCAAAGUCUUCACACAUAACUGCGAGCUCUGAGAGAAGAUGCCGUCCAAGGCGACACGCCGCCGUUUACGGAAGUGAGUGAGAGGCUCCGUGCCGAGGACGCCGAAAGCUCAACCUCCCUGCUUGUGCGAUGUACAGACUGCAAGCCGAGGGUCUCGUCGACGUGGAGGAUGAACGAGUGGAGAGUGGGGGGUGCGCGGGGCCCCCGUGACCGAUACAAGCACGCCUGCUGCAUUCGUGGUAACUGCGUCUACUUGUAUGGCGGCCGUGAAACAAAGAUACAGAAGGACUUGUGGAGGUACAAUGUGUUGCUGAAUGAGUGGAGUGAACUGGACACCAACACAGAAGAGGCCCCCGAGGAACUAGAAGAGCACACGAUGGUGGAGAGCGAGGGGGUCCUUUAUAUCUUUGGAGGGAUGCUGGACUCGGCUUACGCUGAAGUGAAGACGCCUCUGUGGAUGUAUCUGAUAGACAGAGCGCGCUGGAGCAGAUGGAGAGGAGCGGCGGGCGGCGGGCAGAGCCCGUGCAACAGGAAGGGGCACAGCGCGGUGGUGUACAGAGGCGCCAUGCACGUCUACGGAGGGUAUAUUGACAUGAAAGGGUCUUCACAGGACUUCUGGACAUUCACGUUCGAGAACUCAGAAUGGUCGUUGGAAACGUCUUCCUGUGACAGUGGACCAGGACCGCGCCACGGCCACUCUGCUGUCACCUAUCAGGAUGGCAUGUAUCUUUAUGGAGGGCUGACGGGCCUCAAGGAGCAAAGCGACUUCUGGAAGUGGGAUUUCAGCAGCCUCUCGUGGUCCCGCAUUCGAGUCCUGUCUGGACCAUCUAAACUAUUUGGGCACACAGCUGUUACGUUCAAAGAUGCCAUGCUCCUGUUUGGGGGAGGAGAAACCCAAAACGGCGGCAAAAGCCCCUUUUGGAAAUUCCAGUUCUCAGCGGAGACAUGGCAGAGGCUGGACGGCGGCCCCCUUCAACCGAAGUCUUACCACAGCUGCAUGGGCUGGGGCGUCAGUUUCCUCCAGUGUGGCAACCAUUUCAGCACAUCACAGAACUCAAAAUCUGAAGCCAAAAGCUGGUCCUUCAAGAACAGGUACUUUCCCUCAUUCACCGAGGGGAGUGCAGACCACCAGGAUAACGGGAUUGAAAUGCAGACUUUCAAUACGCAGAGUAAAGCGGAAGAGCAGGAGACAGGACAGAAGAGCCGACCCACAGAGGACGUGUCGCCCCAGUGCUUGACUGCACACACAAACUCUGAGGGCCAAUCAACGGAAGACCCCCAAGACCUUUUGUUAAUAGUAGGGGGGAAGCCAUUAUCUGGUAGGACUGCAAUCUCAGUGUGGAAAAUCUCACUUGACAAGGUUUAAGAACACCGGCAAGAUGGCGGACAGUGUGAGGCAGCUGUCGGAAUCCCCCUUGUUUGGUGACCAACGACGACGUCCGGUUUUUGAGAUUUACAGCAGUGGGCCAGUGGAGUUUUGUGGGGGCGUCUGUGCACUUUUAAAAAAAAAAAAACUCAUUUAGCCAACAGCAAAUACACCGAGGGGCUUACUUUGACGGUCAUUUUGGUAACAAGGUACCUUGUAUAUCGAUGAACGUAUUUAUACGGAACUUGCAUGUUGACCCUGUGGGGUUUCUUGACUUUAAUAAAUUACGCAGCUUACUUGUGUAACAUUUCAUGUGUGGUUAGGGUCAUCUUAACAGCACUGUAGGCCCCCCUGGCAAAGCAGUGCCCUGGGACCCCUACCUACACAACCACUCGCAGGAAUAAACAUGUAAAUGGUC